GCGGCGGCGGCGGCCUGCCGAGGCGCCUGAGCGCGUCAGGAGCGUCGCGUGACACUCCAGUCAUGGCGGCCCCGGGGCAGGCUGUGGGCAGCGGGGCUCAGGAGACGUGCGGUCUGGAUCGGAUUUUGGAGGCACUGAAGCUGCUGCUGAGCCCGGGAGGAUCAGGCUCCAGUUCACUACAGGUCACAAAACACGAUGUCUUGUUGGCUACUUUAAAAUCUAACCUGUCUGCUUUGGAGGACAAGUUUCUGAAGGAUCCUCAGUGGAAGAAUCUGAAACUCCUAAGAGAUGAAAUUGCUGGUAAGGCAGAAUGGCCACAAAACUCUGUGGAUGUCACUUGGAGUUUUACCUCUGAAACCUUGUUGUUGCUUUUGUGCUUGAAGGAAACCAUGCUCCUCCUUGCAGCUAAUUUCAAUCCAGGUAAACCCAACCCUAGGACUCCGGAAGUUGCUCCUGCCCUGAGUCCCGAUGCACUUAGUAUCUCACAGCAGAAGACUGUCCAGUUCGUUUUGCAGUUUGUAGUCACCUUGGGUAUUUGCCCCUAUCUCAUGCCUGGUGUUGGAGUCCCUUUGAGAUAUAGAACUGAGUUUGGUGCCGUCGUUCAAGACGUGGUGUGUCUCGAUGCUGCCCCUGAUGCAACUCGAAGACUGUACACCAGCUGCAGGGCCCUUCUAAACGUUGCUCAGCACACAUCUCUGGGAAGCUUGAUAUUCUGCCACCAUUUUGGGGAUAUUGCAGCAGGUCUGUGCCAACUGGGAUUCUGCCCAACCAAAAGAAAACUGCUAACACCUGCAGAAGAGGUUCUAACUGAAGAGGAAAGAACCCUAUCCAGGGGGGCCUUGAGAGACAUGUUGGAUCAAGUCUAUCAGCCCUUAGCAGUCCGGGAACUGCUUAUCCUCCAGGGAGGACCACCCCAGUCCUGCACAGGUGUGAAGACACAGCUGAGGUGUCGGGCCCCAGCUUGGCUUCGGCGUCUAUGUGGACAGCUGCUCUCUGAAAGGUUAAUGAGGCCUAAUGGUGUUCAGGCAGUAGUCCGGGGCAUUUUGGAAGGAGCAGGUGCGGGGGCAGCUGGUGGAAGUGAUGCUGAGGCGACGGCUGCUGACUGGAAGAAGUGUGACCUGAUCGCAACGAUUUUGGCCUCUUGUCCCCAGCAGUCUCUUUCACCAGAGAGUUACUAUCGGGACAUCUGCCCCCAGGUUCUGGAUUUAUUUCACUUUCAGGAUAAAUUGACAGCACGACAGUUUCAGAGAGUUGCCACCACUACCUUUAUAACUUUGUCAAGAGAACGCCCACAAUUGGCAGCAAAGUAUUUGCUCCAGCCAGUGUUAGCUCCUCUUCAUCGAUGUUUGAGUACAGCAGAGAUUCCAGAGAGUGACAUGGUACCAGGAACUAUUUUGGUGACAGAAGAAGAACUUAGUAGAUGCAUUGAGGAUGUGUUUAAGGUGUACGUGGUUGGGAAUGAACCUUUAACAGUUUUGAUGGAUUCUCUGCUUCCUGUCCUGGGAGUGCUUUUUCUUCUCUACUGUUUUACUAAGCAGAGUGUCUCUCACAUAAGGUCACUUUGCCAAGAAAUCUUAUUAUGGAUUCUGGGGAAGCUGGAAAGGAAGAAGGCAAUUGCCAGCCUGAAAGGAUUUGCAGGGUUGGACAAAGCUGUGCCCUCUCUCCACUCUCUGUGUCAGUUUAGAGCUGCCACUCAAGGUGGCAUUAUGAUUACCAUCAAAGAGGCCAUUAGUGAUGAAGAUGAAGAUGAAGCUCUGUACCAGAAGGUAUCCUCAGAGCAGGGCCGGGUAGAGCAUCUCGGGGACUUGCUGUCCCACUGCCAGGAAUGCGGUUUGGCAGGAGACUUCUUCAUCUUCUGUUUGAAAGAGUUGACUCUUGUGGCCACGGAAAAUGAAACAGGGUUAAAAACUGAGCCCUUCUCCAGCAAGAGCCUCUUGGAAUUAGAGCAAUAUCAGACUCUUCUUGUGGAAGGCCAAGAGCAGAAGCUGCUUGUCCUGCAGCUGAUGGCUGUUCUGUGCGAGAGAAUGUCUGAGCAGAUAUUCACAAACAUCACUCAGGUGGUGGACUUUGUAGCAGCAACAUUGCAGAGAGCCUGUGCAAGCUUGGCCCAUCGGGCAGAGAGCACCGUGGAAUCACAGACGCUGAGCAUGUCUAUGGGGCUGGUGGCUGUCAUGCUGGGAGGAGCUGUUCAGUUGAAGUCAAGUGAUUUUGCUGUUCUGAAGCAGUUGCUGCCUCUGUUGGAGAAGAUAUCCAACACAUACCCUGAUCCUGUCAUCCAAGAACUCGCUGUUGAUCUCCGCAUCACCAUCUCUACCCAUGGAGCCUUUGCCACUGAGGCCAUCAGCACGGCUGCGCAAAGUACACUGAACAGAAAAGAUCCAGAAGGGAAAAUAGAAGAGCAGCAACAAACCAGUCGUGAAAGACCUGCUGAUGUAGCUCAUAGCCACCUUGAACAACAGCAGAGCCAUGAGAUAGCCCCCCAGACAGGCCUGCAGUCAAAUGCUCCAAUCAUUCCUCAAGGAGUCAAUGAGCCCAGCACUACUACAAGCCAGAAAUCUGGAAGCAUAACCACAGAACAGCUCCAAGAGGUUCUUUUAUCAACUUAUGACCCUCAAAUUCCAACACGGGCUGCUGCCCUGCGUACUCUUUCCCGCUGGAUAGAGCAGAGAGAAGCAAAAGCCCUUGAGAUGCAAGAGAAGCUUCUCAAGAUAUUCUUGGAAAACAUGGAACAUGAAGACACUUUUGUAUAUCUAUCUGCAAUUCAGGGGGUUGCCCUGCUCUCAGAUGUCUAUCCUGAGAAAAUCUUGCCAGACCUGUUGGCUCAAUAUGACAGCAGCAAAGACAAGCACACACCAGAGACCAGAAUGAAAGUCGGGGAAGUCCUGAUGCGAAUCGUCAGGGCGUUAGGAGACAUGGUCUCAAAGUACCGAGAACCUUUGAUCCACACCUUCCUGAGGGGAGUGAGAGAUCCUGACGGUGCUCACAGGGCCAGCAGCUUGGCCAACCUUGGGGAGCUGUGCCAAAGGCUGGACUUUCUGCUGGGCUCCGUGGUCCAUGAGGUAACAGCUUGCCUGAUUGCUGUGGCCAAAACAGACAGUGAAGUUCAAGUACGCAGAGCUGCCAUACAUGUGGUUGUGCUGCUGCUUCGGGGACUCAGCCAGAAAGCUACUGAGGUGCUGAGCGCCGUCCUCAAGGAUCUCUACCACCUGCUGAAGCACGUGGUGCAUCUGGAGCCCGAUGACGUGGCCAAGCUCCAUGCCCAGUUGGCCCUAGAAGAGCUGUAUGACAUCAUGAAAAACUUCCUGUUCCCUGCACAGAAGCUGGAGAAGAAGAUUGUGGUCCUGCCAUAGACCUGGCUCCAAGGACAUGGAGGAGGCAGGCAGGGCCAGGCACCCAGAGCCACGCCCAGGUCUUCUGGCAGGUGUCCCUGCUGCCUCUUGAGUGCUGGCAGCAUGGCUGACCCUGGGGGUGGCUUUAUGGUGCUGGUCACUUGGGUCUUCAGGGUCCCUUCCUAAGGCAUCUGUUUAGCACUCCCGCAUUCAGCCUGAAGGGUGUGCAGUUAAGAGAAAACAACUAGC